GCAAUUUGAGUAGCUCAGCAAAUUGAAAAUCGUGGUCGCUGCACACGACAAGCUGUGAGUCUGUGAACUGAAUUCCCUCGCCAUGCACCGCCCUCUCCGCCGCUUCACCCCCUCCCUCCACCGCGGCUACGCCACCAAAUACACCGGCAAAGUCAUGACGACGACAAACAGGGGCAGCCGCACCACCAUCGAGGUCUCGGUAGCCUCCCCCGCCCCAUCCGACGCCCGCGGCUACCCCCUCCCCCGCCGCGAGCUCAUCUGCAGGGCGGCCAGGAUCCUCCAGUCGGAAUCCUCCUCCGCGUCGUCGCCGGACCCCUUCCUCGACCUCUCCGAGCUCCUGCAAACCCUUGGCGUGACCCCAACGCCAUCCGAGGUUUCCGAGAUCCUCAAAUCCCUAAAAUCCGCAACCCUAGCCCUCGAGCUCUUCCACUUCUGCUCCGCCCGCAUCCCGAAUUUCCGGCAUGAUGCCUUCACCUACAAUCGCAUCCUGCUCAUCCUCUCGAAAUCGUAUCUCCCCGACAGGGUCGACAAAAUGAAAGAGGUCAUCGAUCGGAUGGAGAAAUCGGGGACCGCCGGCAACAUCUCCACCGUUAAUAUCCUGAUUGGGGCUUUUGAUGGCGUCGAUGGGCUGGAAGCAUGCUUGAAACUGGUGAAGAAAUGGGAGUUGCAGUUGACGUGCUAUACGUACAAGUGCCUUCUGCAGGCCUACCUGAGAGCGUACGAUCUGAACCGUGCUUUGCAGGUCUACAGAGUAAUGUGGAGGAAAGGGUACAAGCUGGAUAGCUUCGGGUACAACAUGCUGCUACACGCCCUUGCUAAAGAUGAACAGGUUGAUCGGGUCCACCAAGUGUUUGACGAUAUGAAAAAAAGGCAUUGCAAGCCAGACGAGUACACGUACACCAUUCUCAUAAGGAUGACCGGCAAGCUAGGAAAGCCCAAAGAAGCACUAUCUUUGUUCGACGAGAUGCUCUCAAAGGGCAUCAAACCGAAUUCCAUGGCUUAUAGUACGAUGAUCGAGGCCUUGGUUAGGGCCCGAAUGGCCGACAAAACCAUGACCCUUUUCUCCAAGAUGGUGGAAGACAAUUGCAGGCCAAACGAGUUCACAUACAGUCUCGUUCUCAGUGUCUUGGCCGCCGAGGGCCAGCUCGGCAAACUUGACGAGGUCGUCAAAAUAUCCAAUAAAUACAUGAACAAAUCAAUCUAUGCGUACCUUGUCCGAACACUCGGCAAAUUAGGCCACGCAGCCGAAGCCCAUAGAUUAUUCUGCAACAUGUGGAGUUUCCACAGUAAAGGAGAUAGGGACGCGUAUCUAUCUAUCUUAGAGACCUUAUGCAACACGGGUAAAUUCGUGGAGGCCAUAGAUAUGUUGGACAAAACGCACGAGAAGGGAAUUUCGACCGAUACUUUAAUGUACAACAUGGUCUUCUCUGCUCUCGGCAAAUCGAAAGAGAUACUUCACCUCUUAGACCUGUAUGAGAAGAUGAAGCGCGUGGGGCCCACGCCCGACAUUUUCACCUACAAUAUUCUGAUUUCGAAUCUCGGGCGGGCCGGGCGGGUCGAGGAGGCCGUUCGGGUUUUCGAAGAGCUCGAGUUUAGCGAGUGCAAGCCGGAUGUCGUUUCGUAUAAUUCGCUGAUUAAUUGCUUGGGGAAAAACGGCGAUCUUGACGAGGCCCACGUGAAGUUUAAGGAGAUGAGGGAAAAGGGUUUGGAUCCUGAUGUGGUGACUUACAGCACGUUGAUAGAGUGUUUUGGGAAGACGGAUAAGGUUGAAAUGGCAUGUAGCUUGUUUGAUGAGAUGAUUGCGGGGGGAUGUUGUCCUAACCUGGUGACGUAUAAUAUUUUGCUCGAUUGUUUGGAGAAGUCUGGGAGAUGUUCGGAGGCUGUUGAUAUGUACCAGAAGCUGAAGGAGCAGGGUUUGAGUCCGGACUCGAUUACUUACUCGAUUCUGGAGAGGUUGCAGAGUGGUUCACAGAGGAAAUAUAGAAUUCGAAAGCAGAAUCCGAUUACUGGUUGGGUUGUGAGCCCGUUGAGAGGGAGGGGCCGCGGCCGGGGUUGGGGUCGCGGCUAUGGCGGGUUCGGCGGCCAGAACAAGCAAGCUUCUUUCGAACUCUUUCCGGAGAUCGAGGGUUUAGGUACGGCUGAGUAUACGACCGACAACCGGCAGUUGAUGAGGUGGUCCAGGGAUCUGCACAAGUUUUGGGUGUCCUCUCCUUAUUACUAUGAAGAUAGAAGACAACGCCAUAAGAAACCAGAAAAACCAGACAUAGAAAAGUAUUCAGAUAAAGGUACACGAACAACAAAGGCUAAGCAACAACUGGGCGACUUGGUACCAUUGAACGCAGAUCAUUUUCCAGCAGAACUAGCUGAAGGUGAGCGGAAGGGAAAGCCUCCCACCAGGAAAAUCCGGUGGAAUCCUGAAUUAGGUCAGGAUGUCUUCGAAAAAUUCGAAAAGUUUGAAAAGUUGGAUCAGGAAAAUGAAAACGCUGAAAAGAAAGAGAAUGAAGAGGAAGAAGAAGAAGAUGAGGAGAAUAUUGAGGACGAAGGCGAAUACAGUGAUGAGGGCGAUUAUGAGCAGGCUGAAGAUUUCGACGACGAUGAAGAUGAUUUCAAUAUGGCCGACGAUGACAAUGAUGAGCCGCUUUUUUGAGUUCACACCAAUGGAUUUUCUGCUAAUUCGAAGCCUAUAUCAUCAACCGAAGUCUUGUAUUUUUCUAAGCUGCCAAGGAAUAUCGAUUCUUGUUACAUCUCUUACAUACAUUAUUGAUUGCUUCGCCCUGUUGUUAUCUUCCAAAUGGGCUGGCUGCUUAGAUUUCUUCAGGGGUGUGUUUGAUUUUGCAGUUAGGCACCAUUAAAACCGAAAAGAAAAGCCUAGUGCGACGAGUUUGAAGCAUCGUCAUAUAUUUGAUUUGUUUUUUUUUUUUUUUUAGUUUUAUUGUAUUUUGAUUA